GCUGGGCACGAGACAGCUUGCUGCAUAAAGACGCGUGAAACAAUUGUUUGCCAAGCCACGUUUGUCGACAGGCGAUAUAAACGUCCCCUACCCAGCCAGCUCCAUCGACGGAUCGAUCUGCUCGCGAAUCCGAAGAGAGGGGCAUCUGAGGAGGAGCAAUGGCCGACGACAAGACAGCAGAUGCCAAGCUGGCGAGCGAUGUUGCCGACGAUUCAUUGAAAGACCCUAUGGCCACUUCUCAAGCUGCUGAUGAUCUCCAAAAUGAUGACGGAGAAGAAGAGGAGGGCGAGGAGGACGGUGAACAAGAGGCUGCAGGCGGCAGUCCCUCACAGAAGAAGAAGAAGCGAAAGCCUAAGAAGAAGAAGGCUGCCACAACAGAACAGCCACUCGCCAAUGUGAUCCAAAACAAUAAGCCUAUUGGGGUACAAGAUCUACCAGCACUUCUUAAACAGCUACAAGCCAAUGAGGGAGCCAAGAAGGAGGGCAAGGCACCUGAAGACUACAAGUUUUGGAACACGCAGCCCGUGCCAAAGUUCAAGGAGCCCAAUCUGCUCCAAACGACCAGCGGAAAAGAGGGUGACCUCGCUGAAGGUGCUAUCCUGCCAUCCCAGAUCUGCAAGGCCAGUGUCAAGCCCGAGCCGGAGAAGCUACUGGAUAGCUUCGAGUGGUGCUUGAUCGAUGUGGAAGACAAGGACGAUCUGCAGGAAUUCUACGAUCUGCUUUACAAUCAUUACGUCGAGGAUACAGAUGGUUCCUUCCGCUUCAACUACUCCACAGAAUUCCUGAAGUGGGCACUUCAGCCUCCAGGAUGGAAGAAGGAAUGGCACAUCGGUAUCCGUACCAAAGCCUCCGCUGAUGGCAAGAGGGGAAAGCUUGUCGCUUCGAUCACUGGUAUUCCUGUCACAUUGAAGGUCAGAGGACAGACAGUCAAUGCCAGCGAGAUCAAUUUCCUUGCCAUUCACCGCAAGCUGCGAAACAAGCGUUUGGCGCCUGUGCUCAUCAAGGAGGUCACACGACGAUGCUAUCAAAAUGAUGUUUUCCAAGCACUAUAUACUGCCGGAACACUGCUCCCAACGCCAGUAAGCACAUGUCGCUAUUUCCAUCGGUCUCUGGACUGGGAACACCUCUACAAGACUGGCUUCAGCCACAUGCCACCUGGAUCGACUGAACUGCGCCAGAAGUACAAGUAUCGAUUGGAGUCUCACACGCAAACUAAGGGCUUGCGACCAAUGAAGCCAGCCGAUAUCCCAGCUGUCAAGGACUUGUUGGUACGCUACACCGAGCGCUUCAAUCUUCGACAGGAGUUCAGCGAUGAGGAGAUUGCGCACUGGAUGUGCUCCGAGACGUCCAAAGGGGUCGUGUGGAGCUACGUGGUAGAGGAUGAGGGACGCAUCACUGAUUUCAUUUCGUACUAUCUACUCGAGUCCACCGUACUUCGCGCGUCCAAGAAGGAUACGAUCCGUGCUGCAUACCUCUACUAUUACGCUACCGAAUCUGCAUUCCAAGCUCCGAAAGGACCCAAGGUCAAAGCCAAGGAGUUGCAAGAGAGACUUCAAAAUCGUCUGCAAGAGCUCGUGCACGAUGUGCUCAUUCUUGCCAAGAAGGAGGAUUUCCACGUCUUCAAUGCGCUCACGCUUCUUGACAACCCCUUGUUCUUGAAAGAGCAGAAAUUCGAGCCCGGGGAUGGCAAGCUCCAUUUCUACCUGUUCAAUUGGCGGACGCCGACGCUGCCAGGAGGUAUUGACGAGAGGAACAACAUCGACACGAGCAAGAUGGGCGGCGUGGGUGUUGUUAUGCUGUAAACUUAGCGAAAAGUUAUGACAUUGGCGAUGACAUAUCGCGUCGAUAUGAGUGAAUGCAUCACAAUAUGACAUGAGAUGAGGUAGUCCUUGAUGAAUCUUUGGUUAUCCGUGCAUUGACAAGGACGAGAAGCUGCAGGCCACAUGCAGCUUGGCAGUGGAGGCGC